CACACGUGAACUAAUGGCAAUUUUUUCUUGACCGUUUUCUUGAGAGCUGCAUACAGGGCUUUAGUAUCCAGCUCUUAAGAAAAUGCACAAGAAAAUGUUCGUGUUCUUUCUUCUGCUUGAAAUAGUAGUAGGCCAGUAAUUUUGACGUUUGGUAAUGCACCGUGAAUAGUAAACAAUGGCAGAAGAAGAGCGGUAAAAAGUAAACAAAAGAAACAAUCUUUUGCCUAUGACCAGUUUGAGAUAGUUUUCACUGAUAUCGGAACAUCACUAUAUCUACCGAAGAAAUCUAUUUGUCGGACAGUCGACUUUUAAAAGCAUUAAAAUUGUACCAUUUUUUAUAUCGAAAUAUUUUCGACAUCCCUAUUUUCAAAUUGUUCUGUCUUACCAAUAUAUAAUCACACAUUCUACAAAACUAUUUUUUACCGACUAAGACUUGAAUUAUCAAUACGGCAGUGGUGAAAAGUUCAGAUGGAUUUAUCAAAUAUAUGCCGUGCCUGUUUGUCGCCGGAAGAUCGGGUGCAUCUGCUAGAUUGGUAUCAGCCUGUUGACUCUUUGGAUAUAUCAUUCAAAGAGUGUUUGUAAAUGUACACAAAUUAAUUUAAGUUUGAAAGAUGAUCCAAAUGAACUCGAUGAUGCCCGGAUGCAAUAUCUAUGCCUUGAUUGUGCCCAAAAACUUAAAGACGUUUAUGAUUUUAUUGAAAAGGCGAGAAGGGCUGAUAAUGAAUUACGUUGCACACAAACGGAAAAAGUGAAGAUAGAAAGUAUAGCCAACACUUUUGAAUGGGUUCCAGUACAUGAAGAGCUAAUGGAAGUAACUAAGAUGCCAGAUACUGUAGAUAUGGAUCACGUCGAGGAUAUAAAAGUAUCACCAGAAUGGAAUGAACAUUUUAUGGAUGAUGAUGAAACAUCUGCAUCAAAUGAUAUCGAACACGAAAUAAAUAUUGAUAAAAAACUUAGUACUGACACUACAACAACAAAGUUUCUAGUUGAAUCGGAUAAGGAUAUGCAGAGCGGCAAUAACUUAAAUGAAGCUGGGCUGGUCUUAUCGAAAAAAAGUAAACAACUCAACCCAAAAAUUGAAAUUACAUUAUUUGGUUUCCUCACACAGGGAGUUAUGGAAAUACAGAGAUACAAUAAAAGCCCCGCAUAACUCAUAUGUAUGCAUCUUAAAAGUGUACAUACAUAGGUACUUCUACUAUCGCGCAGGCGAAAAAAUUUCAGUUAGUACGAUCA